GCGGGUCUGGGGACCCCGGGCCAGCACCUCCCGCCGCUCACUGUCCUUUCCUGAGCGUGUCCUCACCGCUGAGCUUUCCAGACUAGCGGCAGCAACCAUGGCCCCAACGUGGGUGCCCGCUGUGGGCUUCACACUGGUGCCCAGCCUGGGCUGCUUCUUGGGCUCCCAUUUUGUCCGUGGUGAGAACCUCCGCUGGUAUGCCAGCCUGCAGAAGCCUUCCUGGCACCCGCCCCGCUGGGCACUGGGCCCCAUCUGGGGCACACUCUACUCGGCCAUGGGGUAUGGUUCCUACAUGGUCUGGAAAGAGCUGGGGGGCUUCUCAGAGGAGGCGGUGGUUCCCCUGGGCCUCUACACCUGCCAACUGGCCUUGAACUGGGCAUGGCCCCCUAUCUUCUUUGGCGCCCGGCAGAUGAGUUGGGCCCUGGUGGACCUUCUGCUGACCAGUGGGGCAGCGGCGGCCACCACUGUGGCCUGGUACCAGGUGAGCCCACCAGCUGCCCGCCUGCUCUACCCCUACCUGGCCUGGCUGGCCUUUGCAACUGCGCUCAACUACUGUGUGUGGCGGGACAACCGCAGCUGGCGUGGGGGCCGCCGGGCCCCGGAAUGAGUGCCCAGCCUGCUGAGGACUGUGACUGCCAAGAGCAGGUGCCAUUGGUGGUGGUGGCUGUCAUGCUUUCACAGCCACUGGGCCUGCUGCUGCUCUGUUUGGGUCUCAG